AUGAAUCACCAGUCCAACAAGAACCUCUCCACCAAAACGAGAUGCUCCAGCGGCAUUCAAGAAAGAAUUGACGCACUCCAAAAAUCCUCAGGGUGCCAUCACCACCACCAACAAGAAAACCAGACACGCCCAAGUGGCCGCGUCUCAAAGAGACCAUCCUUGAACCUUUCCGAUCUUCAACAUUCCAUAUAUUCCAUGGAAAACUCGGUUUCCUCCUUGGAUUUGAGCAAUUCCAUCCAACUACCAUUGACACCAGGUGGUGUCGUCGAUGAGAAUGCUGAAGAGCAACAACCAACAAGAACAAACACGGCGCAACGAAGCGUCUCCUUUGCCAACAUGGCAGAUGUUUGCUUCAUUCCACAGCUCGACGAUACUGUCGACUACGGCGUCUUGUAUUACAAGGAGGAUGAACUCGCCGACUUUCGUCACGAAGCCUUUCUAGAAGAUUGUGGUUUGGCAGAUAUGAUGAUGUGA